CUCGCCACCAUCUUCUGCCAAAGUAUGCAAACUCCAAAACAGUUUUGAGCCAGGCUUUGUGGCCAAAGGUGACUAUAUAAUUGGAGGGAUCUUCCCCCUUCACUAUAACCAGGAGAUGCCAGACCUGAACUGCACCUACAGGCCACCACCAGUAAAAUGCAAUGGAUUUGAUCCCAGGGCUUUCCGCUGGGCUCAGACUAUGAGGUUGGCAGUGGAGGAGAUAAACCAGAGUGCAGAGCUAUUACCCAAUUACACACUUGGGUACAAAAUCUUUGAUUCAUGUGGAUAUCCACUGACUGGCCAGAGGGCUGCUCUGGCUGUGUUAAAUGGGCUGAGUGAGGAUGACUCUCCCACGUGCAGCGGUGCCUCUCCACUCCUCGUUGUGAUCGGGGAAUCUGGUUCUGCUCAAUCUAUGGUGGUGUCAAGAAUCCUGCAACCAUUCAGAAUCCCAAUGAUCAGUUACUUUUCUUCGUGUGCAUGUUUUACUGACAGAAAAAACCAUCCCACCUUCUUCAGAGUAAUCCCCAAUGAUGAUUAUCAGGUGAAAGCCAUUGCUCAGCUGCUGGUACGCUUCAACUUCACUUGGGUGGGGUUGGUGCGAGGAGACCAUGAAUACGGGCGCUUCGCUGUGCAAGGUUUACUGAGAGAAUUACAGGGUACCAAAGUGUGUGUAGCGUACCAAGAAAUUAUACCUAUGCUCUACAAUCGUCAGAGGACUCUGGAGAUCUUGCAGGUGAUGCGUAGCUCUACUGCAAAAGUGGUGGUGGUAUUUUCGACUGAGGGGGAGUUGACGCCUUUCUUGAGUGACUAUAUGACACAGAACAUCACUGGAAUCCAGUGGGUUGCCAGUGAAGCCUUGAUCACAGCAUCCGUAUUUACAGCCAGUGAGUAUUACCCCUACCUAGGGGGCACCAUCGGGUUUGGCAUCAGAAAAGGUAAAAUCUCCGGACUCAGUGACUACCUGCAGACAGUCAACCCUCAAAUGUAUCUUAAUAAUACUCUAGUUAAGGAGCUGUGGGAGGCCCUGUAUGGUUGUGACCCUUCUCUGUCGUCUGGAUCCCUGUUGCCUUCCUGCUCAGGACAGGAGUCCCUGUUAGAGCAGCAUUCAGCCUACAUGAAUACAUCCAGCCCUAGAGUGGCCUAUAACGUCUAUAAGGCUGUGUAUGCAUUUGCUCAUUCCCUGCACAACCUUCUUCUCUGUCAACCGGGCAGUGGCCCUUUCCAAUACAACUCAUGUGCUCAAAGCAACAACAUAUACCCCUGGCAGCUCCAGCACUACCUCCAGGAAGUGACAUUUAACAUUGCCGGGGAGGAAGUGAACUUUGACCUAGAUGGCGACUCUAUAUCUUAUUAUGACAUUCUCAACUGGCAGAGAGGCAUGGGCGGGAACAUUGAAUAUGUCAACGUGGGGUUGUUUGAUGGAACCAAGCCUGCCGGAGAGGAGCUGUUAAUCCAGGAGGACAGGAUCAUGUGGGCAGGGCAUCAGAGUGAGGUGCCUAUGUCUGUAUGCAGCACCAGCUGUCUUCCAGGGUCCCGGAAAGCUGUCCGUCGUGGGGAGCCUGUCUGCUGCUUUGACUGUGUACCAUGUGACAGCGGCAAAAUUAGCAAUCAGACAAAUUCCAUAGAGUGCACAUUUUGUCCUGAUGACUUCUGGUCAAAUAUUGACAGAACCGUCUGCAUCCUCAAGAUAGUGGAGUUCUUGGCCUAUGAUUCCUUGGGUAUAGCCCUGACAGUGAUCUCUGUGGUGGGUGCCAGCCUCACUAUAGCUGUCUUUGCGGUCUUUUUCUACCAUAGAAACACAGCCAUCGUCCGUGUAAAUAACUCUGUACUCAGCUUCUUCAUCCUCUUUGCUCUGACUCUGUGUUUCCUGUGUUCCCUGGUGUUCAUUGGAGAGCCAACAUAUUGGUCCUGUAUGCUGCGACACACUAUUUUUAGUAUAACGUUUUCAUUUUGCAUAUCCUGUAUUCUGGGGAAGACCCUGGUGGUGUUGGCUGCUUUCACUGCCACCAGACCAGGGGACAACAUCAUGAAGUGGCUGGGGCCCAAGCAGCAGAGGGCCAUUAUUUUCAUUUGCACUGUAAUUCAAGUGGUUAUCUGUGCUGCCUGGCUCAUUGAGUCUCCCCCUUUUCCAUCCAGAAAUACACAAUACGAAAUUUCGAAGAUCAUACUGGAGUGCAGCGUAGGUUCCAGUCUUGCAUUCUGGUGCGUUCUGGGAUACAUUGGUCUACAGGCCUGCCUGUGCUUUAUACUGGCUUUUCUAGCACGUAAACUGCCUGGCAAUUUCAACGAGGCCAAGGUCAUCACUUUUAGCAUGCUGAUAUUUUGUGCUGUGUGGCUAUCAUUCGUCCCUGCUUAUAUCAGCUCUCCUGGGAAAUAUGCUGAUGCAGUGGAGUCAUUUGCCAUUCUGGCUUCCAGCUUUGGCUUGUUGUUCUGCCUGUUUGCUCCAAAGUGUUUGAUUAUUUUACUAAAGCCAGAGAAAAAUACAAGACAGCACCUAAUGGGAAAAUAA